AGGCUUUAGAAUCUCCGAGUUCAACAAAAUCUACACUUACAGCACAUAUAAUCCCAAUAUGAGCAUGUUCCCAGACCCACGACGCAUUGUCACUGGCCAUGAUGAUGAAGGCCGGUCUAUUGUUGUAGCAGAUAGUACAAUUCGAUGCGAACCAACACCAGUCAAGUGCAAUUUUGCUGUCCUCUACGAAACCCAUCAAUUUCCAGCAUCCAACAAUGAGUGGAUUGACCCUAUUACUACCCGAACGACGGACUUGUCUAACAAGGACGGUGUCGUUUUAAGAGUAGUAGACUUUCCACCUAACACAGAGACGAUAUAUCAUCGAACUGUGUCCCUCGAUUUUGGCAUCCUACAUGAAGGAGAAAUCACAUGUCAUCUCGAUGACGGUGUCCGAAUCGAUAUGAAACCCGGAGACGUCUGUGUUCAACGAGGUACCAUCCAUGGAUGGACCAAUUACACAGACAAACCCGCAAGAGUUUACUUUAUCUUGACCGCUGCUGAGCCGGUCACUAUCAACGGCCAGGAGCUGGGAAGUGAAGGUUUCAAAAGAGAUGAAGUGGAGUCUGGUGGUCAUUGAAAUGGCUUUUUGAAUCUCUACAGAGGAUUCAUUGAAUCGUUGACAAAAUUUCCGAGCUCGG